CGACGUUAUCGCGCACCGUACGUACGAGCCUGGAGGGUGAACUGGGAGGUGGUGUCCAUCUUAUUUACACCCCGCGAGAUACCUCAAUUUUAGCUCUGUCAUAAUUUAACAGGAGCAGAAAAGCUGAAGACGGGCCUCCAGAGAUGAGCAGUUCAGAAGAAGUGUCAUGGAUCUCCUGGUUCUGUGGGCUGAGGGGAAAUGAAUUUUUCUGUGAGGUGGAUGAGGACUACAUCCAGGACAAGUUCAAUCUGACGGGGCUCAACGAGCAGGUUCCCCACUACCGCCAGGCGCUGGACAUGAUCCUGGACCUAGAACCAGAUGAGGAGUUGGAGGACAACCCCAACCAGAGCGACCUGAUCGAGCAGGCAGCGGAGAUGCUGUAUGGCCUCAUUCAUGCACGCUACAUCCUCACCAAUCGGGGAAUCGCACAGAUGUUGGAGAAGUACCAGCAGGGAGACUUCGGAUAUUGCCCUCGGGUCUAUUGUGAGAAUCAGCCUAUGCUUCCUAUUGGACUUUCGGACAUCCCAGGAGAGGCCAUGGUGAAGCUGUACUGCCCAAAGUGCAUGGACGUCUACACACCCAAAUCGUCCCGGCACCACCACACAGAUGGAGCCUAUUUUGGCACUGGCUUCCCCCACAUGCUCUUCAUGGUUCACCCUGAGUACAGGCCCAAGAGGCCCGCCAACCAAUUUGUCCCAAGGUUGUAUGGCUUCAAGAUCCACCCCAUGGCCUACCAGCUCCAGCUGCAGGCAGCCUCCAGCUUCAAGAGCCCCGUCAAGGCCAUCCGCUAGAGCAACACCGGUCCGACACAGAGAGAGUGAGGCUGGAUAGAGGAAAAAAAGACAAAAAGGAGAGAAUUGAUUGUCAGAAGUGGGGGCAGGGUCACCUGCAAUGACAAAGCUGUUCAGAUGCCCUCUCCCCACCCUGCAGACUGUAAUAUUUGGUUUAGAUUAGGGCAAAUGAAAAACGAUGAGUAAAUAUUUUGAGUGUGAGUGUGACAAAAAGACGCACAGCCAUGAUCUGAACCACAAACACACACACACACACACACACACAAACACACACACACAUACACCCAUACAAAACUAAAACAAAUGCAACCACACACUUGGGAUUCCAUGCACGUACCUUACCAAACUCACCAGUGCCAAAACAGGAAUGAGGUAAAAGGAAGUCUAUCAAUACAGGGGCUCCAUGCUGCUGCUGUUCUCACACAUUAAUAGCACACUGUGGGUAACGUCACCCAUGGGGAAAAUGACUAUUGUUAUUAUAUUAUUAUUAUUAUUGGUGACGUCACCCACUUGCUCCCACAGAAACUCUCCUUCUUGAAGGGUUUUAUGUCUUAGGGCUGUCGAAGGAAAGCUAAAGCAAAACAAGCGCAUUGGCUCAGUUGAUUCCAUUUCUUGCUCUGUUUACGUUCUGUAUUUGGCACAGUUUGGUAAAGGGUGAUGGGAAACCCUCAUUCAUUUAUUUAGAAGCCCCCUACCCCCUCCCCUUCCUGUUAACCCCCAGUGCAUGUACACUCAGGCUGGCAUUCACAGAGACAGUUGGGACAGUUGCUGUAUUACUUACUGUUUUGUUCCUUAGUUACCUUUGUGUGAUGAUGUUACCGGUUCCACACAGCACAAAGUAUUCUUUUAAAUUUGCCUUAAGAUGUUGAGAAAUCACAUUGGGUGCUGUGAUGUUUUCAUUUCAAAUAGGCACGGGCGCCUGUUCGGACAUUCAGAGGUUUUUGUUCUCCUGUCAGAGUAGAUGUAAUAAAAGUAGAUCAAACUAAGGCAAAUUUGUUUCAAAUUAUAAUCCGCCUGCGUCACCUCUCCAGCUGUCUGUGUGCGUGUCUAACAACUGUCUGUAUUAUCUCUGCGACAUAGUGAGAAUGUAACACGCGCUACAUUUUCCUAGACGGCAUCCCGCUACAGCAGGCCAGGGCUGCAUUUGUAUUGUUGUCCCCUUCCCUCGUUCGCUUCAUCUCCCCGUAGACUUUCUGCUAGUAAGGUGAAGGAGGAGUCACAGAGAAAGAGGAAUUUAGACAAUCUGAAUCCUAUUACUCUCUCCACGACUGCACUGAUUCUACCGGCGUCCCUCCACAUUAGUUGGAUUAUUUAUGUGAAGAUUUAGUGACAGAAUACCAGCCGCUCUGUUGAGAACUUGUUUUCUUCUCUUUUUUUUCCCCUUUUCUUUCUUUUUUUUUUUUUUUUUAUCUGACACAGCGGGGCGGACACUCUCCCCACCCCUUCGGUAUACCUUUUUAGUUUGUGGGAUGGAAAUGGAUUGCUUGAAUAUGUUUUCUUUCUUUUUUUUUUUUUAUUUCCUGAAACAAUAAGUAUGGGGUUUCCAGUAUGUGUCCAGAUUUUAACUAAUGUAUGUCUGUGUCGUUGUCUUUCUGCUACUGUGGAAGGGUGAGCAGGAUUCAGAAUUCUCAAUAAACUUCUAUUUUCUUUUCAUA